CCGGCAGGAGUGUGUCAGGUAGUGUGUAUAUAUAUACACCUCCAGGCCAGCUGUGCCGACAAGCUAGUGUGCCAUUGGUGAACGAGGCACUCUGACUGUGCAGCUCCUCAACUCAAACGACCUCUUGAGUAACUGUUGCUUCCUGAUUGUCUCCAAAAGCCACUAGGAACAAUAGCAACAACAGAUCAUCUGAGGUCAUUCCAAAUAUUCCAUUGGAAUCAACAGUGUUUCUACAUUGAGGAUUUUAAAGGUGUAUUGCAAGUUAGUUUUUGAAACGGGUUUAACAAUGGCUCUGGUGAGACGAAGAGAGACAAACGACGUAGUUUCAGUCUGGUUGUUGUUAGCAGUGAUGGUGGUAACGCCUCGCCCCACCACCGCCUUCCUCGGGCGUGGAACUCUCUUGGAGACUCAAGGCGAUAUCUUUGAUAUAUAUUGUACGGGGUUCGAUCGAGGGACCACGGUCUGGCACCACCGGGAGAUCACCAGAGAAGCCAUUAGGAGAGUCGUCAUCAGGUACUUCCAGGAGGUGACCCCUGCGGAGGGGAGCUAUGACCACCGGGUAGGCAUGACCUUGGAGGAGGCCUACUCUGAGUAUUACGGCGAUUCAAGGUCCCCGAAGCCAUUCCUUGACACCGUGUCGAAGCUGGCUGAUGCCGUGGCAGAGGCUGACACGGGUCUCUUAGGAGCUGAUCCCAGGUACCACUUCGGAAACGAACGCUUCUCCGAGACGCAACAGUUACUGUCGGGCCGCUGGCGGAGGAUAGUCAAGGCUGGGGACGCAGGGGACUACAGCUCGGCUAUCCACCUGCUGGGGCUAUCCCUCGCGGCUAUCCAGGACUUCUACUCCAACACCAACUGGAUCGAACUUGGCAACACGGACUUCAACCCUGACGUUGGUGUUCCGAGCAAGGAGUUCAAGAACGUGGCUGGGAUCCAUGAAGACACGUGUAAGGACUGUCCAGAGGCUGCUGACGGUGCUGGCUCCUGCCCCAAUAACCUGCUGAAGGAGAUCAUGGAGGCAGGGAAGCUCACUUCAGGCUACACCGACAACGCCUUCGUCAACAACGAGCGGGUGCAGAAGCCCAGAGACGUUAACAAAUGCAGCCACGGCGGCCCAAGAGACAGGUCGCGCGGGGCAGGCGGCGCCAGAGGAGGCAUCAACAAGGAGCUGCCUACAGCCUGCUUCUCCCCCCACCACAGCCUGCACCAGCAAGCGGCACAACAGGCCAUCAAAGCGAGUGAGUACUACAUUAAUCUCGUUCGUGGAGGCGUCGGGGACGCCACUUUCAGUCGCCUUCUGGGCCUCCACCCGACGCCAGCCCUUGUCCUCGUCCUCGACACCACAGACUCCAUGGACAAGGAACUGCUCGCCCUUCGACGUUCCGUCAGUCGCCUGGUCCAGCAGCACGAGGUCGCUACCUAUCCGCCGGCGGAGUACGUGUUCGUGCCCUUCAAUGAUCCGCUAUACGGACCAGUGACGAGAUCUCGACGUCCUGAGGAGAUCUACAACGCCUUGACCCAACUGAGAGCCAUUGGUGGAGGCGAUGAAGCUGAGCUGAGCAUGUCGGCCUUGAACCUGGCUCUCCACACCAGUCCUCCACACUCUCAGGUCUACCUCUUCACCGACGCCUCCAUCAAGGAUCCGGAGCUUUUCGAUGCUGUCAUUACUCUAGCACUCUCUAAGUCCAUCAAGGUGACGCCAGUGAUAACGAUGCCGUUGCUACACGGAGGCAUCACUGGCAGGCUGGUCCUAGAGCUAGAGGACAACCUCAGGCCCGAAGAAACGAGUCUGAACCGUGUCAGGACCCGUCAGGACCCGAAUAUUAGGUCAAGAAGCAGCAGCAGCAACAUCUCCUCUCGCAAGAAGCGUCAGUUGCAGAGCUUUGAGAAGUACAAUGAGCUGGCUCAAAGGACAGGAGGUCAGGUCAUUGAGACGACGGGUGAUAAGGUAGAAGAAACGGCAAGAAUCUUAGAGGAGACGCAGUAUCCACUGGCAAUACUUCGACGGGUGUUUGAUGUCACGACCUCCCAGACUGUGAGAAUACCUGUGGACUCCCUGGUGCAGGAGCUGGAGGUGUCCAUCUCUGGGGGAGUGACUACUGCUACCCUCAACUCUCCCUCUGGUAACAGAUUCGACCUGAAAGCCCAACCUGGUUCUGUUAACCACCAAGGCUACACAGUGGUAGAUUCGACGCCCUACCACAUUCAGGUUCGUAUAAACAUGGCUCAACGGAAAGAUUUCGGAUCAUGGACAUUGAAGUUCGAGCCUGUUGAUGGAGCAUCGGCUGUUGUGUACGCCAAGACUUCCUUGGACAUUCUGCCAGUCUUUUACACCCCAGACUUUCGUUCCAAUCAGCCUUCGUUACAGAGGGUCCUCGGCCAGCCUAGUAGAGGUGUGGAUAUGUACCUCAAUGUGGCCAUCACUGGAGUGGACAGGGCAGGUCUUCGCAGUUUGGGAAGCGUUUUCUUGCGUGAUGAGAAUGGCAAGGAGUUUUCCUUGGAGUUGCCCAACAGGUCUCCCAGACGCAACACCUACUUCAGCCUCUCCAGCAAGCAACUGCCCACCGGGAUGUUUACUGUUGUUCUCAGUGGAGAAGAUGGCACAGGGCGGGCUUUUCGUCGUGAGAGCGGGACGGUGCUGGAGAUGGUGGAGUCGAGCCUGUCCUUCGUCCUGGGGCGGGAUAUCUGGGGUCCUCCGGGCUCGGUGCUGACUAUCCCUGUCUCCAUCACCAACACCAACGCCAACUCCGUCACCGCCAACACUUACUUCAUCACGGCGCACGACGCGUUUGGCUCCGUGGUGAAGGUGGACCAAACGCCGGUGAAGCUAGGCAGGAACGAGACAGCAACCCUGGGGGUGAAGAUGACCCUUGACCAGCAGGUGCCGCCCCACACCACCAACAGCCUGGUUGUAACGGCCACGUCCACCCAGGGUCACACCUCCCAGGCCCUCGCCCACGUCUCUGUCACUCCCAAGUUCACUGACAUAACUGCACCUUACUGUGAUGUACUGAGCAAGACCAGUUGUGCUGACCACCUCUCCCCUGACACCUGCUCCAGUUUGGAGUGGAGUGCAGGGUUCUCCUUCCGUGAUUCAGGUGUAGGCGCGUCAGGAAUAGGCAGAGUGGUGACGAUUCCGGCCGCCAGGUACCCUCCAGUCUUCUCAAAAGGGGACACUAACGUACAGUGGACGUAUAGCGCAUCGUGUUGUGAUCCCACGCUGAGUGUUAGCGUGUACGACGUUGCUGGUAACGUCGGCGUCUGCAGCGUUGACAACACCGACGAUUCUGGAGGUGGAGAUAACGCAAAACUCAAGUCAGGGGAGAUAGCAGGAAUUGUCGUAGGAUCGGUCUUGGGGUUAGUACUGCUUAUCCUCCUUGUUAUCUUGAUCGUUGUUCGCGUUCGCCGCAGUAAGAAGGAAGAUAUCACCCUACGUAGGCACGCAAGGAGAACGGAAGAAUAGGGGCGACUGAAGGAACACUCAUCAGAAGAGGAAAAUGUCUCUCAGACCAUCAGAGAAUCAUCAAGAGGAACUCUGACAACAAGAGAAGGAAAUCGCCGUAACCAAACAACUCUUUCCGUCGAUUCUUCAAGAGAUUUGCUAUCUGGGCCGUCCAGAGGACCCUCGCUGACCUCUGAGUCCAUGACCUCUGACCCGGAGAGGUCACCGUCAUCGCUCUCCUCAGGGCAAAGAAAUACUCUGUAUCCUGUGAGUCAAACGAGCUCCUCGAUCUUCACGACGUCGACCCGGACGGAGGACUCUGUCAGGUCCUCAGACGAGUCAUCGGGCUCUAGAUCUUCGUAUCUGUGGGGCUUUUGGAAAGUUAAGUUCAUACGUCCACCUUCAUUGUUCACAGUGACUAGAGCAGGCAAGUAAGACGUGAUGCAUUCUGAAAUAAAGGUGAUGUAGAUUGAAGCAAUUUCUACAUUUCACAAAACAUUCACACUUGAAGAUCGAUGCAACAUUUAAUGCAAUAAUUUAAGUUAUAAUUUAAAUAUAUAACACUGUUUUAUGCAACCUGCAAAACGCUCUUACUUAUGCCUCCAAGAAAUGUGAAGAAAAUGCCUGAUAACGAGGCCCGUUAUCGCCCUGUCUCGACAAUCUCUUGGUGACACCGAUGACCCCUAAUGACCGCCAUGACCCGACGUUGUCAUAGACGCAUCUCAGUUCAUUAAGACUUGAGAUCUCCCGGACCAGUAUUCACAGAACAUAUCCGUUUCCUCUUACGACAUGUGUACCUCUUAUCUCGAUCAUGGCGGCUCGUAAUCCGGAUUCGGAACUCGUAAACUGUUUAGUAAAUCCGACUAAGACGCCAUGAUCGAGCUAAGAGGUCCAGAUAUCACAAGUGGACACGCAAGUUGUUUGUGAAUCCUUUCCUGGAUUGUCUCUAGAACCUCGUAGCCAUACCAACUGGUUCAUACAUUUCUGGGUGUUCCUUCGGAUCAAGUAUACAUUAUGUAUUCAUUAAUACAUGUCGCAAUGUGUGUUGUGAUGUUAUGUUCAUAAUAUUGUAAUUUUGUAAACAUUUGCACAUAGAUCUAAAUACUUACUAUUGUAGAUGGUGAAAGGUAUCGUAGUUAAGGAGUAGAAACACUGUAUAUUGUAUUAUAAUAUAACAUUUCCUAUGUGAAUGCCAUGCCUAUAGAUAUUCGUAUGUAAAUAAAUAAAUUACUAAAUAUUA